AUGUUUUGAAGGUCGAAAGCUGAUGAAAUAAUAUUAAAAAACUAUCUUAUUUUCCCAAUAUUUGCAGUAAAAAGUGUUAUUUUAAGAUUGUUUCGACAAAUAUUGGUUUAGUUUGUGUUAUAAGAGCCAAGUUUAGACUAUGGUGAUGGUGCUCCUAGUACAUAAACAUGAAUCCAAAGUUACCGCAUUUCAGUCUGCACUUGCCGGCGCAGGAGCCGGUGCUUUCACAAGAGCAGUGGCACAGCCCCUAGACGUGUUGAAAAUUAGGUUCCAACUUCAACUGGAGCCAAUAAAACAAGGUUCUAAAUAUAGCUCCGUAUUUCAAGCCUUGUCGUCAAUUGCUAGGGAAGAAGGAUUAUCUACGCUAUGGAGUGGUCAUAUACCGGCACAGUUACUAUCUAUAACUUAUGGAGUAUUGCAAUUUACGACGUUCGAAGAGCUUACAACUGUGUGCAAACAUGCAAACCCAAAAUUUUUCGAUAGCCAUAGACACGCAAUUAUUUUUUCUAAUGGCGCUGUGGCAGCGACCGUGGCAACGGUGCUCUCCUUUCCGUUCGACACAGUGAGAACGCGGCUAAUCGCUGAACAGAAGACUCACAGAGCCUACAAAGGAUUCACUCAUGCAUUUCACACUAUGGUCAGGACAGAAGGGUCUGCAGCAUUAUUUAAAGGUUUGAUACCCACUUUAGGGCAGAUCGCGCCCCACGCCGGUAUCCAGUUCGCCAUUUACAAGCUUUUCACAGACAAUAUAUUGAUAAAACUAAAAUUCUUUCAUAGAGACACUCUCGCUGGGACAGUAGAGUCAUCUUUACUGGCCAAUCUGAUAUCCGGGUCAAUUGCCGGUUUUGUAUCUAAGACUGCAAUUUAUCCCUGUGAUUUAGUGAAGAAACGUUUACAGAUUCAAGGCUUCCAACAGUACAGGACGAGUUUCGGUAAACAAAUGUACUGUAAUGGAAUAUUAGACUGUAUUAAACUGACAAUAGUUGAGGAGGGGUUCCUAUCACUGUAUAAAGGCUACUGGCCCAGUAUGCUUAAAGCUGUGUUGGUUUCAGCGCUGCAUUUUGCUGUUUAUGAUGAAUUAAAACAUUUACUAAUGAGGACAGAGACUUGAAAAAUAAACUAUAGUGGAGUCAUAGUUUUUCCGAUAAAUAAUGUCCAGUAGAAGGGAAUAAAUGGGGAUCCUUAACCUUUUCGAUGUUGUGUCAAACACAAAAGCUUUCAUCCAGACGCCACGUCACCGAAGUGUCAAAACUGAAAUUAAACUUUAUGCAUAUGCACGUAGGUCUAUGUUGCUCCGUGGUCUAUGGCCGAUUAAUCGGUCUUUGGUGUUGAACCUACAGUGUAUAUAUCGGUCAUUGGUGUCCAAAAGGUUAAAAAUGGGUUGUAUUUACGUUUUGUAUGGUACUAGUCCAACUGUUCGUGUAUUGAAUUGUAUUCUUCAUCACUUAUAUUAAUUAUUUAUUUACAUCACUCAUAGUAUCUAAGAAAAUAAGAGGAAAUUUGAUUUUACUCUUUAUAAUGAAUCUUAUAAUCUUAUGCUAUUGUAUGUUUGGACAACAUAAAAUAUUACUUUACGUUGUAAUAUUACUUUUUUCUCGAAUUUUACUGUUACUUAGUUGUUUUUCAUGUAUAAAGGCUUGCAAUUUUUUUUAUGAUAACACAAUGACGGUCAUAUUAAACAUAUUAAAAACGGGUCACUCACGUAUUUUAAGUCGAAACCGCUCGACAUGUAUGUGUAUUUUUAAUAUGUUCAUUAUGUCUGUGUCUCACGGAAGUUUUGUUAUUAAAAUAAAAAUGGGUCAAUCUUCAAAGAGCCCUUUUUUUCUCUUAAAG